AUGUCUGAUGCUAAUCAUCCUAUUUGGGAUCAUUUCAGGACCAACCCUAAUAAUUCAUUGACUUGUUUAGAAUGUGGUUUUAUUUAUCGAAUAAAACCAAAAUCAACAACUUUGAAAAGUCAUUUUGUAACUAAACAUCCUGAUACAUGGAAAAAAAUUCGAAAAAAUGAAAAGGGAUACAAAAGAAAAAAUAAGGAAAAAAAUGUUCUUGUACAAGAAGAAGAAGAAAAUUCUAAUAGUAAUAUUGAAUUAUCUGAUAAUUGGACUGAAGAAAAUAAUCAAAAAAAUAAUCAAGAAAUUCAAAAUAAUAUUCAAGAAAAUUUGAAUAAUAAUUUUACAAAUAGAAAUCUUAACAUAAUUAAAAAUAUCGAAAUUGAAAAUAAUGAGAAAAUCGAAAUCAAAAUUGAAAAUAAUAAGAUUUCUAUUAGUGGAAGAUGUAAAAUCGAAUUCAAAUAA